CAUCUGAUGUGAGUGAACUGGUGUUGUGAUGAUACUCAAUUUUUAGACUAAGGUAUAGACUUGAUACUCAGUAGUGAAUCUGAUACCACAAAUAAAAUAUGUCUCUUAUUUAGACAAUGGAAUGUCAUUUUCAACAUUAAAUCAUAGUACUUUCUUUGAUUUUUAAAAUUUUUUUUUAUUACCAUGUGGUCUUGUAUCUUUGUACAGUUUUAUAUCCAUAGUGGUCCAUGGGUGCUCUUAUCUGAUACAGUUUACUGAUUCUAAAGGAAUGAUUAAUUUCUGUCUCAUUAUAGUGACUUUUUUAGUAUUGAUACCUGCUUCAAUGACUAUCUAGUUUUGAUAUUAGUUUUAGUAUUGUUUUGGAAGUUGUGAAAAAAGGACAAACUAAUGUGGCAAAGACACAAUUGAAAGCUAAAGUUGAAUAAAAUAAAUGAAAGAUUGAAAGAGUAAUUUUAAAAUUUAUUGCAUUUCAUCUUCAACAUACAACAGUUACUCUAAAAGUCCACUAAUUCGCUGAUGUGUGUCUCCAUGUCUCUCUGUUUGAUUAAGACUCCAUCGAUUGAUUAAUUAAAGGUCUUAUAUUACAUAAAAUUGACUCUUUUGAAUUUUAAGCCAUGUUAGAAUGUUGAUACCUCCUCAAAAACAGAUCUGGAGUUGUGUUUUGUUUCAUACACACAUGUUUGAGUAACUCUUUGUUAUUGGUCUGUCUACAUCUGCAAAGUUCAGUGAAGUGAAGUGGUAAAGUGGCGAAGUGGUAGUUAACAGCAACUUUUUCUUCAGUAGAUUUGGCAGUUCCAGGUCUGAAAUUAUGCAAAUGAUUCUAUUAAAGAUGUAGGGAGUUUAAAAACACACUAGACUACUCCCUGUAUUACCACAUGACAUCACAAGGUGGAACAGUGUUUUCAGUUUGAGAGAAGAGCUCAGCCAAAAUCUGCAGGAUUUUUGUGUUAAACGUGUGAAUGAAACGAAUCAACUCUAGAUGUCUGUGAUGAGAAAACAUUAUAACAUGGAUUAGAAAAUCAUGUAAUAUGGGCCUUUAAACAAGUAUAACCCAACAGCCGUACAUGUGAGCAGAUGUUUUUCACUAUUAGAUUUUUGUUGUGCUGUAAACACACACCAAAAUCAGAUUUAAUUAUCCUGUUAUCUGAUUAAUCAGUUAUCUAAUUUGAACAUCCAUGUAAACGUAGCCACUGUGCUGAAAGAGUAGCAUUAGUUGUGGAUUAUCAGGCUGAGGCUUGUGUCAGUUGAUAUCAGCUUUUCUGUACAGUGCGUGAUAAGCUCAAAAGGGACACUCAGACGUCCCACAGAUACAACAUGUAAACAGCCUAAUCCUGAAGGCGCUCUAUGAAGAGGACAAUACAAAAUCCAAAGAUCAGAUUUCCAUCAUAUAAAAUCACCAAAAAUAUGUCCUGAGUCUGUAGCAGAGUGUUGCCAUGUCGAGUCGAGGAGGAAAGAAGAAGACGACAAAAACGUCUCGCUCCACCAAAGCGGGCGUCAUAUUCCCUGUGGGACGAAUGCUGCGCUACAUCAAGAGAGGCCUCCCCAAGUACCGCAUCGGGGUGGGGGCACCGGUGUACCUGGCCGCUGUGCUCGAGUACCUUACCGCUGAGAUCCUGGAGUUGGCGGGAAAUGCCGCCCGAGACAAUAAGAAGGGCCGUGUCACGCCUCGCCACAUCCUCCUUGCCAUCGCUAACGAUGAAGAGCUCAACCAGCUGCUUAAAGGCGUGACAAUCGCAGCUGGAGGAGUCCUGCCCAACAUCCACCCCGAGCUGCUGGCCAAAAAGAGAGGAGCCAAGGGCAAACUGGAGGCACCGGUCUCUCCCGCUCCAGAGAAGAAGCCCAAGAAGAAACCAGCCACCAGGAAACUGAGUGGCAAGAAGCUCGGCCGCCCCAAGAAGCAGACUGGAGAGGUGAGCAAGGCGGCCUCAGCGGACAGCACCACAGAGGGGGCUAUCGGGGAUAGCUUCACUGUCCUGUCCACCAAGAGCCUCUUCCUGGGUCAAAAGCUGAACCUUAUCCACAGUGAGGUCAGUAACCUGGCCGGUUUCGACGUGGAGGGCGUCAUUAACCCCACCAACGCCGAACUCGAACUCAAGGACGAUUUGGGAACUGCACUGGAGAAGAAAGGAGGGAAAGAGUUCGCUGAAGCUGUGCUGGAGCUCAAGAAGAAGCACGGCCCCCUAGAGGUGGCUGGGGCGGUGCUGACGUCGGGCUUCGGGCUCCCUGCAAAAUACGUGAUCCACUGCCACAGUCCAGGCUGGGGCUCAGACAAGUGUGAGGAGCUUCUGGACAAAACCGUCAGGAACUGUUUGGCUUUAGCCGACGAGAAGAAACUCAAGUCUGUGGCCUUCCCCUCCAUCGGCAGCGGGCGGAACGGUUUCCCAAAGCAGACAGCAGCGCAGCUCAUCCUGAAGGCCAUCUCCAGUUACUUUGUGGCGACGAUGUCUUCCACCAUCAAAACGGUUUACUUCGUCCUGUUCGACAGCGAGAGCAUCGGCAUCUACGUUCAGGAGAUGGCCAAGCUGGAGACCAGCUAAGGCUAACGCUAGUGGCUAACAGCUAACGGCUAAAGCUAAUGAGGUCCUCUGUACAUGAAGAAUCUUUCUAAGGCCGGGAAUUGUUUUGCAUUAUUGUUUGUAUUUUCUAGUUUUUAAUUUCUUAUUUCUAGUUUAAAAUGUGCUGUUCAAUCGGCGGUAUUUUAUGACAAACAGUGCAUACAUUAAACCUAAAAAAAAGACAUAAUUUCAAAGAUAAUUUUAGGAUCAAGAGAUGGUUACUCCUCCAUUUCCUGGGCUUCAUGUGAAGUCCCUGAUACGGGUUUGUGCAUGAAGACGGUUUCUUUUCAGUUUGUCACUAACAGACAUGUUCGGUAUGGUUCAUGUUCUUUUGGGAGCAUCUCUGUCGCUGGUACUGUAAACUCAGAUGGUAAUGAUGUAACAAAAUUAAGUUUAAAUUAACAAAAUUCAUAAAUAAUUUUCAGUUUUUGUGUCGUGUUCUGAAAAUUUCAUGUUAUUUUUGCCUUUUAUUUAAACAGGCAAAACCAGCACUGCAGAGAUUUCAAAUUUCACUUAAUUAAAUAGAAUAAUAGAACAAUAGAAUGAUCAAAUGAUGUUUUAUACAUACAGUAUACCUUUGGAUAUUAAGUUGCUGCAAAAAAAUAGUCACACUGUGAUUUGGUAGGUUUUUACGCCAGAUGCCCUCCCUUUCCCAGCCAGCUCCAUAUUGUGAAGUAGGCAUAAAGCAGGAAUUGUCAUGGGGACAGUGAGGUUUGAACCAGCAACCGUCUCAUUUGAGGGUGAAUGCUUAGCCCACUCCAUCACCGUUGCCAGGCUAAAUACAAACAUUGAAAGGCAAGCUGUAAAACAUAUAGUGGUCUUUGAAGUAUUUCAGAAACUUCUAUCAACUCUCAACUCUCCAUCUGCCCUUCUUCUCUGCUCCACCUGACCCUCUACUCUGCUCCUCUGCUCCAUCUGACCCUCUCCUCUGCUCCAUCUGACCCUCUCCUCUGCUCCAUCUGACCCUCUCCUCUGCUCCAUCUGACCCUCUACUCUGCUCCACUGCUCCAUCUGACCCUUCUUCUCUGCUCCAUCUGACCGUCUUCUCCUCCUCUGCUCCAUCUGACCCUCUCCUUUAUUCCAUCUCCCCCUCUCCACUUCAUCCUCUGACCCUCUCCUCUGCUCCAUCUUGUUCCCUAACCCUAACAGCGUGUCAACUUUAACCGUUGUGUUAGUUAUUCAUACAAUCCCUUUAAUUAUCAUAAGAUGAAUUACAAAUCCAUAAUCAUGUGAUACUUAGAGAUUUGAGGCCUCUGCAGUGCUCAUCAGUUCUAUUGUGUGUUUGUAUGUGUUAUAUUGAUGGAGUACUUGUGAAAUAUUAUGGUAAAAAAAAAUAUUGGACUGUAGAUUUUUACUUUGAUUUUCAUGACGAUCUUUUAAAAAGCAGAAAGAAAAAACCUGAUUCAGAAGAUUCUGUGUUUCUGUCUUUGUUCGACCUCAUUGCACUUGUAGCUGCUUUAGAUUUUCAUUUUUUUUUUUCCACUAUUCACCUCUAGAUGGCGCUAUAUAGUUGACAAUUGGACUGGCUCCUCCAUGUUUUUUCCUGCAGCAGAUUUGAGUUGGGAUUGAAUCGGGACUCUAAACAAUCUGAACAUGGACUGCGCUAUUUCCGCUGCAUUUUGGACUUUUCCGAAUGACCUUUUCUUAUGUAAAAAAAAAAACAAAAACAGAAAUGUAAAAUGCUUUCUAAUGAAUCACAAUUGAAGACUGUAACAAAAGCUCUGUACACUCCAGUAAUAAAAACAUAUUAAAAACUCA